CUCUCUUCCGCAUCAAUAAACAAUGAAGCUUCUUUGCUUGACGAUAUUGCGCGGCCAGAUCCUCUUUGCGUUACUGUAUCAUCUUGCGAUAUUGAGCCUGAUUUGGGUGCUUCUGCUUCUUCAUCAUGCUCUAUUAUUUCGUUCUCACCACCAACGCCUCCUUCUCCAAUACCGCCAGCAUCCGUGGAUUCAUCUAUCACAGUUAUUGACGAUGAAAAUACUGCCAUUUCCUAUCAAGAGAAAAAUCAGUCAACUUGUAUUUCAAAUGCAGCUCCAACUAUCCAGGAUCCUUCAUUUUUUAGACCAUUAUUACAGUCACAUCUUGAUUUCAGAGUGCCAGACAAUUCGAAUGACCUUUCCCAUCUCAACAAUAUAGAGCGACAUAACAAUAGAAAUCAAGAUUCCAAUGCCCGGCUUUCACAGGUUUAUAUGUGGAUUGGUCAGCGAGCCUCAAACAAGCAAACCUGGCCUGGAAUGCUGGACAAUAUGCAUUGA